AUGGUGAAAAAAGAUGACCACACCGAGUGCUUCUUUCCCGAGUCAGGUUGGGACAAGCUACUGCAACGGGAUGAUGUCGAGGCCAUCCUGAAGACACGCGGAAGGGACCCUGUCUCGCCGGAACUGCUCCAAUUCAUCCUCGAAAGGGCUCUCAAGAUUUUUUCCAUUCUACUUAUCAUUAGAAAGCCAGAGCUCAUCACCACAUUCUACAAGAACGGUUUUGGACAGGACAAGCUUCCGGUCGACCUCAGCUCCGAUCAAAAAAUGCUUGAGCAGGAUGGCUGGAAGAGCUACGUUAUCGAUUCUUUCUGUGAAAAGCAAUGGUUGUUUACGUCACCGACAUUCACCAGUGGGCAAUUCAGAUACGACUUUGUCAAGUUCUAUCGCCUGCCCUUCACGACAGCCGGGAAACGAGCAAACCAAGGGGCCUCGCACUACAGCACUGUCGAGGAGAGGAGCAUUCACGCCGACCAUAUCGAGCUCUGGGCCGGUCAGCCGUCCAGGGAUGACGACGGGAACAUACGCGUCGCGGUUAAAACGCUUCUCAGCUUAGACGAGAAACCAGCAGACCAAGAAGCCAGGAUCCUUGAGAUGAUGAGAGAACUCCAGACCGACCACUUGAUCAAAGCAGUCGCCUACUAUCGUUGCGACGGCAAACACCACUUCAUGUUUCCUUGGGCGGAGCACGGCAAUCUCUGGGAAUUCUGGACCAGGCAAAAAGGCCCACGAGCUCUAGAGAAGCCCUACCUCGUCUGGAUUUUCAAGCAGCUCACAGGACUGGCGGCGGCCAUUGAGAAGUUACACAACCAAACCGAGUCGAAGAACUGCCGCCACGGAGAUCUGAAGCCCGAAAACAUUCUGUGCUUUCGACAAGGCGACGGCAAGGGCAACGGUCCAACUCCUGCGCUGCGGGAAAGCACAAACACCAAGGUGUCGACUAAGCGGUAUGCAGGCCCGGAGAUGGACGUUGCCUCCGACGCACCACUGUCGAGGCGAUUCGACAUUUGGAGCAUGGGUUGCAUUCUACUCGAGUUUUUGAUCUGGAUCCUCUACGGCGGAGACGAGCUGAUAAAAUGCACUAAAGCUGCCAGCUCAACCUUUUACAGGGUAGUCAAAGACGAGAGUGGUCAAGUCAAGUCUGUUGAGGUCGAUCGCAGAGUUCAAGGCUGGGUGUCAUACAUCCGCAAGGACUGGAGAUGUCCUAGGGGGACUGCCCUUGAACUACUUUUGCAUCUUGUCACCGAAAAGCUCUUGGUUGUCAAUGUCCAGGAGCCCCCCGAUCCGCCCUCUUCUAUUACUACGGGACAAGUUCAGGCUCGAAUUUAUGCCCCCGAGAUGAGACGGGAGUUGGAGAAGAUUCUGACACAACUGGAAGCUGAUGAGAUCAAUGCCGUAGGAGACAGGCCAUCAAGCAACUCAUCGGCUCCCCUUGGACCGUCUUACGCCAUUCCAACCACAAAGGGCGGCCACCUUGCCCCUGCCACUCCCAGUACACGGUAUGUGAGCAACGGCGGCAUCAAUAGGACCACCACAGCACGACAGGCUAACGCACGGCUCAACCAUUCAGACAGUAUGUUGAUUUACAGCGCCUAUGCUCAUAUUAGAUAUCAUUAUGCUUACAUUUCCUUCUUUAGUUCACCGUACCUCACCGACAGAUGGAUAUACACACCCGACGACACCUUUGCGACUGUCUUCUUCAAUGAUUUCGAGCUUUCUACAGUCCAUAAAUCUACAAAAAAUCCCCAUCUUUGCCGACGGUGUCGCAGUCUUCCACUUUGGUCCAUCCAAUGCCACUUCACGGAUUCUCAAUCCGGCCUCGCUACCAACGCCCGGGAGGAUAACUGCGAACUCUGCAGUCUUCUUUCUUGGCAUAUUCGGGAAGGAUUGUAUUCUUGGAGAGAUCCCAUUCAUUUUGUUCGCGUGGGAUCGUAUCUCACAGUCGAGGAUGGCGAAGGACAGCCUGUGCUCAAUCUCUGCACACUACCAGGAUCCGGGGUAAAGCCUUUACAGAAUGUUCAAACCGGAUUCUCAACGCUUCCAGACGCUGGCAGCGAAGCUCACUUCAAAGUUUUGAGGGAGUGGAUUCACAGUUGCGACAGUACCCACCACUGCUUGCCCAAGCAACUUGAUUUCACACCAUCACGGCUUGUUCACAUCAGUCGCCCGGGCUCUGAUGUUGUUCGACUGGUGGAAAGAGAUGACGGACUGAACCAACCAGUCAAAUAUGCGGCCUUGUCCCAUCGCUGGGGCACUGACCAUCGCGAACGUUUUUGCACCACAACAGCCAACAUCCAGGAGCUGAAGGAUGGGUUCAGGACAUCCAAUCUCCCCAAAACGUUUCUUGAUGCCAUUUCUGUGACGCACGGUCUCAGGCUAGAAUACCUCUGGAUCGACUCCAUCUGCAUCGUCCAGGAUGACGUUGAAGACUGGAACAUUGAGUCCAAGCUCAUGGAGCAGGUCUUUAGCUCAGCAUACUGUACCCUCGCUGCAAGUUGUGCCUCUGGGACAAAUGACGGGUUUCUCAAGGCGCGGCCUGAGAGACGAUGCAUCCCUAUGACCUUCGGGGACGCCACUUACUACGCGUGCGAGAACAUUGACGACUUCGGCACUCAUGUUGAUCAAAGCGAGCUCAACCAGAGAGGCUGGGUUAUGCAGGAGCGAGCUUUGUCACGACGGACCAUCUACUUUGUGGAGAAUCAGUCGUAUUGGGAAUGUGGUGGCGGUGUGCGAUGCGAGACAAUGACCAAGAUGAACAAUCGCAAAGCCUCAUUCCUCGGUGAUGCCAACUUCCCCCACUCAGCCGAGAAGUACGUCAAGGGGUUGAAAAUUGAGUUCUUCCAGGAUCUCUAUGUUCGCUACUCCAAGCUGGCACUCUCCUUUGCCUUUGAUCGGCCAAUCGCCAUCAGGGGACUCGAGAAUAGGCUUCUCAGCACUUUCAACACCACUGGAGGAUACGGAGUAUUGGACCGCUACUUUCAUCGGUCCUUGCUCUGGAAACGUGGUGGAGAGACAUUGCGCCGUAUUCCAAACACGCGUGGUGAGCCUGUUCCUUCUUGGUCGUGGAUGGCAUACGACGGGGCCAUUGACUACGUGUCUGCUCCUGGUGGAAAAGUUUCGUGGUUCAGCAACAUCAAGUCUCCUUUUUCUCGAACGCCAAGUGAGUCGAGCCAUUAUGAAGAUGAAACUCUUGCCCUAGAGGCACCAGUUCGGAGAAUCAUCAACGACCCUCCUGAUGAGUCCAUCUUCUUUGACGAGCCAGCUCGAGGCUUGACACAGCCUAUGGAGUGUAUUGUACUUGGUAGCGGCAACAAAAGCCCUUUGGCAGACUUUCAGAGACAUUGGGUCAUUUUGGUUCAUUGCAAGUCCGGAUCUGGUGGUGGAGUGUAUGAGAGGGUUGGGGUUGCUGUCCUUGAAGGACGCCAUGUUGAUUUUCAAGGCAAGGCAAGAGAGAGUAGAAUUCAGUGA